CCUCCACUUUUCUGAUUGGACACACUUCCGGUUGGUGCGGAGUCUUCUUUUUUCUCUUCUCCGCGAGAAUCUACAUUAUUCACCCUCGCACACAGCCGUUUAGGAAUCAGGAAUUAGCAAAGUUUCAAAUGGAUAAAGUAAAAGAAUCCCUGAAGAAGUACACAUUAUCUGUUGAAAAGCUUUGUUUGUUGUGGGAAGGAUUAGCAAAGCGAGCAACCAAGUCAAUGUGCGAAAUAGAGACUUUAUCAGAACAGCUCUUAGCUGCGACAAACAUUUCUGGGGAUGCCCCGAUGAUAUGUGAACAGUUUCCAGAUUUACAUACACAUUUAAUUUACCAAAUAUUCGUGGCUCUUGAAAAAGAGUUGGAAUUACUGAACUGUAUAGUUCAUGAAGUUGGAGAAAAUACUGACAGUCUAAAUAAAUUGGCAUUGCAAAUACAAUGUAUGAGAAUAUGUACAGAUUAUGUACCACCUUUAUCAAUAAGUAUGAUAAUGGAGUAUAUCUCUGACAGCACACAAUAUUUUAGAGCCCAAUAUGCUACUCUGAAAAUUGCUCUUUUGUCAUUGGAUUUCAGAGAUGGUCUUUCUGUUAAAAAUUUGCGUAAUGCAUUUUUUGAACCCAGUGAUUUAAAAGCACACAUCCAGUGUUGCCGUCAAAUUGGAACGAAUAUUUUAUCAAGUAUUGAUAGUUGAAUGCAGCUACCAUGAAAGUUUAUGUGAAACUUCUCAGACAUCUCUGGUUUAAUCUAUGAAAGUUGUAACUUGAUGUUCAAUUUUAUCAUGAACGGUUGAGUAUGGAGCCCAAGAGUAAAAAUUGUAUUGACAGUCAGUUCACCAAUAUGAUUGGUCAUGUAUUCUAGUAAUUACAAAGUUCAAAUCAGGGACAAUUUUAACCAGGGAAUAUCAAAACUUGAAAUCCAAAGAUACUAAAACAACCCAUAAAGGGUAGGAGUGGUGAUAUCACAGUUGAUGUUGAUUACUACAACAAUAAUCAAUACAUACAAGAUACCAAUGUAAAAGUUAACAUUAAGAAAUAAACAACUGUACAAUA